GUUCCAGACAUGGGUGGUAUCAGACCCAUCAUGAUGCAGAGUAUACUGCUUCUUUGCUACUUCCUUCUGUACCCUGUGGAGGCAAUUUUGCAGGAAACUCCCACAAAGGUCCCGCAACACCUUCCAUCCCUGGAAUCCCAGCUACCCUCCUCAGACUUCAUGCUCUGCCAGUCUCUGCUCCCAAAGUCCCUGCCCGGCUUCACCAACAUGGGCCUUCUGCCCAGGUUCCUAGUAGGCCUGGCAUUGAGGAAUGCCCUUGAAAAGGCUGGCUGCCAGGAUUAUGCUUGGACUGUGGAGCGAGAGCUCUAUCGCCUGGGAGGUGUGAAAGCCACACAGCUCCUCAUCCACCAUCUUCACGAGCUCUUGAAAGACAGAAGAACACAGAAGGAAGCAUCAGCAGAUGUCCAACCCUUUGCUCUGCAGCUCCUAGCCAGGGAGCUGCCAGGCCCAGAAAGAACUAGACGGUCCUUCCAGACUGCAGAUUGUGAACAGAAGCAAGAGCAGAAUGUGCACCGUGUACUUCGCUUGUUGCCAACAGUAGGAACCUUCUACAACUUGGGCACCGCUUUGUACUAUGCUUCUCAAAACUGCUUGGAUACGGCCAAGAACCGAGGCCAAGAUGGAGCCAUAGAUCUAGGCUAUGACCUUCUGAUGACCAUGGCAGGGCUGUCAGGGACCCCUACAGGACUGUUGAUCAGCUCUGCACUUAAGCCUGCAGUAAAAGCUGGGAUUGAGCAGUUGAUCCAGAAUUACUUUGAGAAAGAGACAAAUAUUUCUCUGCUAGAGACCAAUGAGAAAGUGAACAGUACAGACGUGAGAGACCUGGAGGAGACUAAUGCGGUUUCAGCGGUGUCCAAGUUGGGAAGUUCAAUUUUUUCUAAGUGGUGGGUUCCACUCAAGACGCAUUACUCGGACCCAGAGCCUGAAAGUCGUAUGCUAUAA